UCUAGUAUUUGAGGACCCCUCGUAACGUGUCAACAAAACAGUUUUACAACAAACGCGUUAUUCCAAAUUUUUCUUUAAAAAAUUGCAAAAUUGCACUGUAGUUUCAUACCUAUUUAUUACAAGUACUGCUCACCACGUCGGCAUAAUGGUCGCCACAAAAUCUCACGUCGAAGAACUGCAGGAAUACUUCAAAACACACAACAAAACCCGUGAAGCGACGAAGGCUCAUACCGCCAAAGUUCACUCGGUUGGUUGGAACUGUGACGGACGCCGGCUGGCAUCCGGUUCUUUCGAUAAAUCAGUGGUCAUUUUUACGCUGGACCGAGAAAGACUGAAUAAGGAGAGCACCUAUCGAGGACAUACCGGUUCGGUGGACCAGCUGUGCUGGCAUGCUUCGCUUCCGGAUCUGCUCAGCACUGCCAGCGGGGAUAAGACUGUGCGCAUCUGGGAUGCCCGGAUCGGGAAAUGUGCAACGAUCAUCAACACCAAAGGUGAGAAUAUCAAUAUUACUUGGUCACCGGACGGCAAUACGAUCGCUGUUGGAAACAAAGAGGACUUGGUCACGUUCAUCGAUGCUCGGAUGUACAAAAUCUUGGCCGAGGAACAGUUCUCGUUCGAGGUGAACGAGAUCGCUUGGAGUAAUGGCAGCGAUUUGUUUUUCCUUACCAAUGGCCAAGGAUGUGUUCACAUAUUGAACUAUCCGGAUCUGAACCUGCAGCAGGUGCUGAAGGCACAUCCGAGCACCUGCAUAUGUAUUGAAUUCGACCCGACAGGAAAGUAUUUUGCCACAGGAUCAGCGGACGCUUUGGUUUCUUUGUGGGACGCAGAAGAACUUGCUUGUUUGCGGGUGUUCUCACGACUGGAUUGGCCGGUGAGAACGAUUUCUUUCAGUCACGACGGAAGAUUGCUAGCUUCAGCUAGUGAGGAUCUUAUAAUCGACAUCGGAGAUACCGAAACCGGAGAGAAAGUUGCGGACAUUUCGGUUGAUGCAGCCACGUUUACGGUUGCAUGGCAUCCAAAGCAGUAUAUGUUGGCUUAUGCGUGUGAUGAUAAAGAUGCCAAUGACCGCCGAAGGGACGCUGGAAGUUUAAAAGUCUGGGGGUUUACUGAGUAGUAGUUUGUAUUUCAUCAUAAGGAACUAACGCGAUGCAACAUAAACGUAACUUGUGCUAAGCCCAAGUUUCUUCCUGAUA